AUGAAAGGCCUAACACCCAAUCGAUCAGCCAUGUUCCUCCACCUAGGAUUCGCUCUAUCCCCUCCGAACUAUGGGAGACGCUCUACAUUCUCUGUGCCCGUCUCCAGCGGUGGCCACAAAUCCCCGACGACUUUCAGCGCCCCUCCACCGCCUCCACCACCACAUACACCUGCAAUCCCACUUUCAUCCGCAGGAACGCAAGCAAAAAAGCAUCUAGGACCCCCAUUCGACGCCCAAACAACACCUCAGACACCAGGAUACCCUGCAUUCCCGCCUAAAUCCACCAUACCCCGCCCCCCAUGUCCCUUGGCCCCAUCGCCUCGUAGACACAAGCAAACGUCGGCCCAAGCGUCGAGAUUUGCAGCGAGAGGGGUGCAGCGGGCGCGAUACCCCGUACGCCUGGGCCAUACGUCCUCAGUGCAUUUGGUGAACAGCAGAGGAUGUUGA